GAGUGGAGACCCAGGCGGAGCUACCUCGGGGUUAGAGUUGAGAGUGCAGCGUCUGCAUCGCUGCGCGGCCAUGUGGUUUGUAUGCUGCGCUGUUGUCAGAGUGUAAAACCGUCCAGUUUUAAAUAAUACAAAUAAACAUAUAAGCAUGGGGAAGCACAGGAAAAUCAAAGCGGUCGAUCCGUUUUAUCACGGUCCCAGGAAAGAGCAGCUGCAGGGCAAACAGAAGAAGAGUGACGUGAAGCCCCAGAGUGGGGAUAACCUGGAACACAUCCCUUUCCGGCUCCGUGAGAUCAUGAAGAGCAAGGAGAGGAUGAAGAAACAGCAGCAGCAGAAGAAGACGACAACGGCAGCUGUUGCCCCCAGCCCCACCCCAACCCCCACCCCCAAGCCAGCCCCCAAGUCAGCCCCCGAGGCCGUGCAGCUCCAGACUGACAUCCCUGUGCCGCGGUUCCGGAAGCGCAAGCAGGAGUCGGAGGCUGCCUUCAUAAACCGCAUGGACAGGGAGACGCAGCACGUCAUGUUCCUCACAAAGAACCAGCUGAUCCGUGAGCCAGAGAGGGAGCAGCCCCUGGAGAAGAGCAAGUCAGAGAAUAAGAAAGUGUAUGACAAGAGUCGGCUGAAUAGGUUGUUGAAGAAGAAGGAGGUUAGGAAAGAACUGAGAGAGGAGAAGGAGAAGUUCAUAGACACAGUGAAGUUUGGGGAGGUUGCCAUGGCGCCCCCAACAUUCACAGUGAAGCCAAGGAAAGCCCAGACCAGGACUGAGGGGGGGAGGAAGGGACUGCUCCUGACCUCCUUGAUGGGCACACCCCUGGCCACGGGUACUGGCUCAGUAAAGUCCUCAAUGGCCAGGCAGAAGAUGAUGCUGGAGGAGAGGGAGCGCGUGGUCAAGGCUUACCGGGACCUCAAGAAAAUCAAACAUCAGCGUCUCCACUCCAACACAGCCAGCCUGAAGCGGCUGCAGAACCUCAAGUAAACCAGCGAUGCCCCAGGAACAGCAGCGACACAGUGACACUGGGGGGCUAAUAUAUAAACCCUGAGAAUUAGUUUUUGUUGACUAGAGAAAAAUGGACUGUGCACCAGCUCAGUUGUCUUUGGAAGCUUUUCUCAGCUAAGCCACUAGGUGGCAGUAGAGACUUGAACUAAAAAAUACCAGUCCCUGAUUCGGAUCAUCCAUCACCAGUAACUUUCAAUACAGAGCCAUAAACAAUAUAUGGACUGUAUUUUCUUCUUCUUUAUGAUUUAAUAAUUAUGCUUUAUACUGGGAAUAUUGUUGAAGUAAAUCACUGGUUGGGUUUUAACAACACCCACAAGUGUUAGCAUGUAUUUUCCAGUCCAAUCAGCACAUUUUGUUAAAUUGAAAUUGAGAACUGAAUUUAACAGCAUGUUACAGGUGCCUAAAUGAAAUCCAAAAUGAAAUCCACAUGUCAUGAAUUGUUUUAAAUUAACUCACUAUUGCGGUCUUGCCAUUUCUUGAAUCUUUAAAAGUUUUCCCUUCACUGUAAUGGCUGGUUUCUCAGACCUCCAUUAGUGCUAAUCUUGAACUACCUAAUGUUACCUUAACUAACUCACAAGCAGAGAUUCCAAACUAGGAAACCAUCCAAAAAUGACCUUGCCAUUCCCAGACCCAAUCUCAACUGAGCUCCAGCACAAUGGCUCAGUUUAAAUUAAAUUGCACAAAGUGAAUCUAAAUCACAAGAAGCCUGUGCUACACAUGUUACGUUAAAUACACAUGCAAAGAAUAACUUCAACUGAAUAGAAAGCAGUUCCAUCCGCCCGCUAGAUUUUAUUUAAAGAGUUGCAUUCUUGCUGCUUCGUUUGUGGAUUGCUCAAGUCACUGAUGUCAUUGAUUUUCACAGACUCCUCUUCAGCAGCAUGCUAGUGGUGCUUCGGAGAGGAAAGAUCACAUGAUGAAACACGAUGGUCCUUCUAUUGUUAAUGCUCACACUUCCCUUCCUGGAGCACUACACCAGGACUGCGUGUCACCUGCAUUAACAUACUAUUUGGUUACGGCUUUGCAUUCACGUUUAGUUAAGAAUUCAGAUGCUGUCAUAUGUACUUUCAUCUAUCAGAGUCACAUUCACACACAAUUCAAAUGUUCCAUUGCCCAGGUAGCACAUGCCUGCUAACUACACAGGUUGGUGAUAAGUACAGUAGAUAGCCACAGAUUCACCCUUAGAUAGUAGCAGGGCUGUAUAUAUGGCUUAUGUCCUGAUUUUAAAUACAGUAUAGUAUUUAUGAAAGCAGAAAAAAAUUUCGUUGUCACAUUCAUAAUUGGUCAUUUUUUUCUAACGUUAUUGUACAACAAAAUAUUUACAUGCUUACCUGAAAAAUAGUAAAUGCUAAAUUGUAGAGUAUUAUUUUUUAUGUCAACCUUUUAAAGACAUUCUAUUUUCACUAUUGCUGAAUUAUCAAACAAAAUAAAUACAUUCAUAAAAGUAAAUCUAACACUAGACACAUGCGAUGUCCCCUUCUGGUACUGGACAGAGCGAUGUUUAGCAGACAUUUCUGAUCUUUGAUGCAGCGUGUGUCUUUUUUGUUGAGGAUGUGGUA